CCUUUCGCGAGCUCUUCCGUCUUCUCGCCUUUCUUAUUUCUUCCGUCCGGCCCCCCGAAACCCUCCGCCUUCUCCGAUGCGAAACCCUCCCAAAACCCUAGCUCUCUUCCUCCUUCGAUCCCUGCGAUAGCGUCGAAGGGAACCGAAUAAACGAGAAGAAAGAGCUUCAAUGGGCGCUCUGGAUCGUGCAUCGAGGGCGGCGAGGUCGAAACUCCGGCCUCUUCUAUUUACUACGAGUCCUAUUUCAUCUACAUUUAGGGGAAUCCCGUUCGGAUGCGUUGAUCGCUCGUUCUGCUCCCAAUCUCGUCAGAAUAGCAGAGAAAGUGGCGUAGAUUUGAGCCAAUAUCCGCCGGAAAGGAUACGGAACUUCUCCAUCAUCGCCCACGUUGAUCACGGGAAAUCAACGCUUGCCGAUCGUCUCCUGGAGCUGACGGGGACCAUCAAGAGAGGCCACGGCCAACCUCAGUACCUCGACAAGUUACAGGUAGAAAGAGAGAGGGGUAUUACAGUUAAAGCGCAGACAGCAACUAUGUUCCACAAGCAUAAAUUUGGUUUCCCUGAUGCCUCCGAUAUUCAAGAUCCACCAAAUUUUCUACUGAAUCUGAUCGACACUCCUGGUCAUGUGGAUUUCAGCUAUGAGGUAUCAAGAUCUCUUGCAGCUUGCCAGGGUGCCCUUUUAGUAGUUGAUGCUGCCCAAGGUGUUCAAGCACAGACAGUUGCUAACUUUUAUCUUGCAUUUGAAUGUAACCUGAGUAUUAUUCCUGUCAUAAACAAAAUUGACCAACCCACUGCUGAUCCUGAUCGUGUUAAAACUCAAUUGAAAUCAUUGUUUGAUCUUGAUCCAAAUGAUGCUCUUUUAACUUCUGCCAAAACUGGCCAAGGGCUUGAGCAAAUCCUGCCUGCUGUUAUAGAGCGCCUACCUUCUCCUCCUGGGAAAUGUGAUUCACCUUUGCGGAUGCUUUUGUUAGAUUCUUACUACGAUGAGUAUAAAGGAGUAAUCUGCCAUGUUGCUGUUGUUGAUGGUGCUCUCCGCAAGGGGGAUAAGAUUGCAUCUGUAGCAACUGGCCAGAAUUAUGAAGUCUUAGAUGUUGGAAUAAUGCAUCCUGAACUUACUCCAACUGGAGUACUUUUUACUGGACAAGUUGGUUAUGUUGUUAGUGGCAUGCGUACAACAAAAGAAGCACGUGUUGGUGAUACACUUUACCAUUCCAAGAGCGUUGUGGUACCUCUUCCAGGUUUCAAGCCUGCAAAGCAUAUGGUAUUCUCUGGUCUUUAUCCAGCUGAUGGAUCUGAUUUUGAUGCUCUUAACCAUGCAAUAGAGAGAUUGACAUGCAAUGAUGCUAGUGUAUCUGCUGCCAAAGAGUCUAGCACUGCUCUUGGCAUGGGAUUCAGGUGUGGCUUCUUAGGUUUACUUCACAUGGAUGUCUUUCAUCAGCGGCUUGAGCAAGAGUAUGGAGCUCGAAUCAUAUCUACCAUACCAACUGUGCCAUAUAUUUUUGAGUAUUCAGAUGGAAGUAAGAUACAAGUUCAAAAUCCUGCUUCACUGGCUUCAAAUCCUGGGAAGCGUGUAACUGCAUGUUGGGAACCAUCUGUUAUUGCAACCAUUAUUAUUCCUAGUGAGUAUGUUGGACCUGUUAUAACACUUUGUUCAGAAAGGAGAGGAGAGCAGCUAGAAUAUUCAUUUAUUGACAACCAGCGUGUGCUUAUGAAAUAUCGGUUACCACUGAGGGAAAUCAUUGUGGAUUUCUACAAUGAAUUGAAAAGUAUAACAUCCGGAUAUGCCACAUUUGAUUAUGAAGAUUCUGAGUAUCAAAAAUCUGAUUUGGUCAAACUUGAUAUCCUCCUCAAUGCCCAGCCUGUUGAUGCUAUGGCAACCAUUGUUCACAAUCUGAAAGCGCAGAGGAUUGGACGUGAAUUGGUGGAAAAACUAAAGAAGUUCAUAGACAGGCAAAUGUUUGAAAUAACGAUACAAGCUGCGAUUGGCUCAAAGAUUAUCGCAAGGGAGUCUAUUUCAGCAAUGAGAAAAAAUGUUCUAGCAAAAUGCUAUGGUGGUGAUGUUACACGGAAGAAGAAGCUCUUGGAGAAGCAGAAGGAAGGGAAGAAACGCAUGAAGCGCGUGGGUUCUGUUGAUAUACCACAAGAAGCAUUCCAUGAACUGCUGAAAGUGUCCUAAUGGUUAAAUAGAUUGAAGAUGCCAUUAUACUGUCUGAUGGUCUCCUAAUCAGCUCUGCGGAGGCAGGAAAUUCCUCAUGGUUGCUGAGAACAGGAGAGGUCAAAGGAAAUGGUAGAAUAAAGCAGCGUGUUCUGUCUGCAUAUCACAAGAUUAUCACUUGAACCAUGGAAAUUUCUUUCUUAACAGUAUUUUAGGCCUUGAUUUAUUUGUAUAACCAUGCGAAAGGAGCAUGCUGCUGUAAGGACUGAAAUAAUACGUGUCACUAUGGUGUAAAAUUGUUUUGGGUGUGUUACUGAAACAGUAAUCCUUGUAUUUACUGUAUUAUUUUUUAUUUUUAAAUAAGCAAGAUUUCAGUGAUUAAGCUUUUAAAA